AGGAGAGAGAGAGAGAGAGUGAGAGAGAAAGAGAGAGAGAGAGAGAUGUGUGCAGACAACCUGCUCGCGCGUAAUUCUGGGAGGACUCUCCGCCGAGCAACGACACAAUAAACACUCACGGAACCGCAAGAGUUUCCCCAGGUGGAGUAACAAUAAGCACUUCAAUCACGUCACACCAUCCAUCCAGCCAGGAGUCCAUCAUCAAUCUGCAGCCAUGUAUCUCAACAGGGAGGAGGAGUACAGCAAAGGGGAAGAGGAAUAAACCCGGAGUGGAGUCCGUCGGGUCUCCGGAUUCAGGAAGAGGAAGAGGGGAGAAAAAAGCCAUCAAUGAUUUAGACAGAGACUUUUGGAAUAACAAUGACAGCAGUUCAGUGCAGCAGCGCUGGAGCUCAUACCCGCCCAAGGAGUUUGUACUAAACAUUUCUCCUUAUGCCCCUUAUGGAGACCCGCGCCUCACACUCAAUGGGACGGUUCACGGGGGCCAGAAAGGGGCCGCGGGGUGUGUAUUGGGGGACGGAGGGGGUCCGUCACGCAGUGACAGCGUCAGGAGCAUGAUGACGGGCGGCAUUAAAGCCGGCAGGUGGCAGACGGUGCAAAGCCGCCUGCAUUCGGGAGACUUCAAGAACGGCAAUCUAUCCGACCACACCCUUUCUUCGGUCGAGACUUUGGACUACGUCCCGUCAGCAGGGGCGACUCCUCGGCCACGCACUUUACUGCGUCAGCAAAGCCUCCAGCAGCCGCUGAUCCAGGCUCCGCCUCCAAAUUUAGCCAGUAGGCCGCCGAUCUCCCAGAGUCUGGGGCAGCUGCACACCCAGCCAGGAGGGGCGGGGCCUGGGGGAGGGGGCGGAGCAGGCUCGAGGAACUCAAGGGGAGAGCCAGCCCAACAUAGGUCAGCAGGUGCCGGGGGGCGGGGCUCCGGAAACCCUGGCAGCGUGGAUCACAUGAUGGGUCAGAUAAAGAAGCGAGGCCUGGACGUUAAAUCCUUCCUGGAAGGAAAAAUGGUGGUUCUGUCUCUUGCGAUCGGAUUGGCCGAGCAGGACGACUUUGCCAAUCUGCCAGACCUACAGGAAGUACCAGCCAGUCAAGAAACCCCUGAAAAGAGUAGGAAUAUGGGGAAUAAGCCAGCCAACAGUCCUAAGGGUCAGCCGCCAGACGCAGACGGACAUUCCUCAGUGUCGGACCUGGCCAACUCGCUCACUGGAGACAUGGUGAUGUUGUCUCCGGGGUCGGAGGACGAUGACCAUGAAGGUCCAGUGAGUGAGAAACUGGGCAGGAUUCAGUUUUCUUUGGGCUACAGUUUCCAAGACACAACUCUGACGGUGAAGAUCCUUAAAGGUCAAGAUCUGCCUGCUAAAGACUUCUCUGGGACCUCCGACCCUUUUGUGAAAAUCUACCUACUGCCUGACAGAAAGCACAAACUUGAGACCAAAGUCAAGAGGAAAAAUCUCAACCCGCACUGGAACGAAACCUUCCUGUUUGAAGGGUUCCCAUAUGAGAAGGUGCGGGAGCGGACGCUGUACCUCCAGGUGCUGGAUUACGAUCGGUUCAGCCGUAACGACCCAAUCGGAGAGGUUUCCAUUCCUCUGAAUAAAGUGGAGCUCGGACAGCUGAAGUCCUUCUGGAAGGAUCUCAAACCCUGCAGUGACGGCAGCGGAAGUCGUGGUGAUCUGCUGGUGUCUCUGUGUUAUAACCCCACUGCCAACACCAUCACUGUCAACAUCAUAAAAGCUCGCAACCUCAAAGCCAUGGACAUCGGGGGCACCUCAGAUCCCUAUGUAAAAGUAUGGCUAAUGCACAAAGACAAGCGAGUGGAAAAGAAGAAGACAGUGACCAUCAAACGCUGCCUGAACCCCGUUUUUAAUGAAUCCUUCCCCUUUGACGUGCCCGCACAUGUUCUCCGAGAGACCACCAUCAUCAUCACCGUCAUGGAUAAAGAUCGUCUGAGCCGCAAUGAUGUCAUUGGAAAGAUUUACCUGUCAUGGAAGAGUGGUCCUGGUGAGGUCAAACAUUGGAAGGACAUGUUGAGCCGGCCACGUACAAAUGUGGCACAGUGGCACGCCCUCAAAGCCUGAUUCACCCUUUCCAUUUCCCCAUUUCCCCCUCCAACCCCAUUUGACCCGAUACCCCGUCCUUAUGCACAAGACUAACUUGCUGCCAGGCGGCACAACACGGGUACUUUUAGCCAUCCACUCUUGUAACCUUUAACCUUUGAGCUUCUGAGUCUCUCCUUCACUUUCAUCUCUUUUUAGUCUGGUAACAUGUAGUGUAAAUGUAACGGAGGCCAAAUAGUAAGUAGGGGUUAUAUUUGGUGCCGUGACCCGGAUGGGAGUGAGAUUUAGAGUGUGAGCAUAACGAAGACCAGCUAGCAGGAGAUGUGCAAGUAAACCUCACUCCCAUUACCUAAAGAGGAGCAACAGUGACUGACAAUAGAGAAUGCAGCAUCAUUGUUGGAUCACUGGAGACACUAGUUUGAACCCUGAUUGGAGCACUGCUAGUAGAACCAUAGGGGUUUAAUUGGUGCCAUAACCCAGGUGGGAGUAAGAUUUAGGAGGUUGGGAGUAAAAGAGGCAAGAUAGUUAAAGAUAGACCUCACUCCCCUCACCUUAAAAUGUACACUAGGGACUGAUGUUGUACACUAGAGUCCUUGUAAGCGCACCUGCCUUUCAUGCCUGAUACAUCCAUGCAAGUCCUAAUUUGAGUAAUGCUAGUAAAACUUGAUGGGUUACACUGGUGCCCUGACUCGGAUGGCAGUGAGGUUUAGAGGCCAGCUAAUUAGAGAUGUGAAGGUAAACCUUACACCCCCUCUUCUCAAGAGGUAAACUAGAGUCCUUGUUAGUGCUCAUGCCUCCCAUGCCUAAGACACUCAUGCAAAUCCCAAUUUAAUUGAUGCUAGUUGAACCUGAAGGGUGCCAUUAACCAAGUGGGAGUAAGGUUUAGAAGGUUGAGUGUAAAAGAAGCCAGAAAGUUGGAAAUGUGCAAGUAAACCUCACUCCCCUAACCUAAAGAGGUACACUAGGGACUGACUUUAGAGGAUGCAGUCUUCAGCUACCUUGUUAUCUACUUCCCAAACCAGAGACCCCCAUUAGAAUUCAAAUCCAAGUAGUGCUAGUAGAACUGCACGGGUUGCAUUGUUACCAUGAUCCAGUUGGGAGUGAGGAUUAACGUGCGAGAAUAACUAAUUUUGCUAGUCAAGGAUUUGCAGGUAAACCUCAAUCCCCUGGCUUCAAAUGCAUGAGGCUGCAGUCCUUAGUGUCCUUGUUAUUCACCUGUAUCCCAUGCCAUUCAAAUUCUAAGCUAGUAGAACCAGAAGCGUUUCAUUAGUGCUAUGAACCAAUGAGAGUGUAAUUCUGAAGAUCAAGUUGGAGAUUUGUGAGUAAGCCUCACUUCUCUGUCCUCAAGGGACAUACUAGCAAAUUGUCUUUGAGACUGCAGUGCUUAGCCUUCUUGUAGUGUGCCCUGAUGAGAGUAGGCCUGGAGGGGUUAAAUUGGUGCCAUAACCCAGAUGGUUUAGGUGGCAAGUGUAACAAUGCAACGAAUAGAUGAUGUGCAAGUAAACCUUACUCUCCUGGCCCCAAGAGCUUCACUAGCAAUCAACACAAAAGGCUGAAGUCUAUAGCAUUCAUGUUAGCAUGCCUGCCUCACAUACUAAAGACACCAGUUUGGGUCCCACACAGAAUGCUAGUACAGUCCUGGGGGGUUACAUAAAGGCCUGCAUGUUAACUAAACUCUAAUUUAGUUCCUUGAUAUUGUGCACAUUAGCAUUCAUUUGGGAUUUUGGGAUAAACACUAAAACCAACAAAGCCAUUUAAUGAUGCUCUGAGAGCACUCACAUUACAACUACAUGUUACCAGGAUGUCGUUUCCUUCCUGUUUUGAUUUUUUUUUUUACCCACAAUUCCCCUGUGUCCUCAGGCUGGAGAGGUCUGACAUCUAUCUGAUGUGUGAACGCAUCACCUCAGCCUCGUCCCUCAUCUCACUGAACCAACCCCAUGUCUAGACCCGCCGACUCGUGGGAGCUCAUUUGGCAGCCUUUAAAUUGGCCACCGCUGAAACGGAUCAAGUCACAGGAACUCUGGGAAUUGUAUUUUCCAGGUCUCAGACAUCCCAUGCGAGUCCAUCGGCCCCGGAGGGCCGCUGUAAUUAAAGCCAUGAGGGGAAACGAGACGCCCUCUUUCCAUUAACAGUCUCUUGUUUUAUUUCGUCUCCAUUUAUAGUUGUUUUUCUCAAAAUCCCUGACCUCUCCAAGCCUUUUUCUGCGUCUAUCCCACUUGACCUGAUUUUCCGCACCUUUGUUCUCGUUCUAUCCAUCUUCCCAUCUUUUUUCUUCUCCUGAGUAAACGCGCCGAUUGGUUCAGCUGAUAGACAUUGAAAUCUUACGCCAUCUGGAGACCUACGGACAGCAAAUAGACUCCACCACCUCUGUCUCUUUUGCUUUUUUCUCUGUGGUUUCUCUUUAUCGCUGGCACAAUAGUAGUGAAGUCCCUCUUUUUCUUGGGAUCCCUUGUCGUCCGUGUGCUGUGAGUGACGUGUUGUAGAUCCAACCAAAAUAUUGUUAAAAAAACAUUUACCACCGAUGGAGGAGGAGGAAAGAUAACUUCCAUGAAGGAUCGUUCCAGGUCUUCUGGGACUUUUGGGAGAUAUUCUUGACGGAAGAAGAGAAAAAAAAACACAUACACAAAAGUAAAACUUGAUGUCAUCUUAUUUUUCACGAAUAGAACAUUUGAAGAAACCAAUCAGAAUUGUUCUUCCAGAUUUGCUGUGAAAUAUAGAAGCAAAAAGUUGAUUUUGCGCCACAUGCGCUGGAUAGUUCUCGCCACACUUUGCUCUAGUGAUGUGUUUUUUUUUUGUGUGCGCUGAUAGGGGCUCAUCUUUUACAGAAAUCCUCCUAUUAAUGGAAAAAAAUACUUGCCUUUACCUACGUAUGUGUGCGUAUGCGACUGUGUCAGGUAGAUGAGGAUGAAUCUCACAGAAACACGUCCGGGUCAUAUUUUAUCCCAAAAUCAAAAGAAACAAGCAUUUUACCUUAAAUAACAUAGAUAUAUUUAUAGAUUUUGAUAACUGUAUGCGUUAAGGUGAUUAAUUCCUGCUACUUUAAAUCAUAAUUCUGCCAUAUGAAUUAUAAUUAUGCCAUAUACGGUUUUAAUAACGGUGUUAUUUAUCAAUACAAAUAAAUGGACCUAUAAACAUGCUUUAUCUUCUUUGCGCAAAAUAUAAUAAUUCCCCUUCCUCGCCUUUGAUCUUGCUGUGAGAUGUGACCUGGACCUGUUCUCGACAGGUUUCGUGCGUGUAUUACAGCAUUAAUGUGUAUCUUCAUUGAUGUUAAAAAUAAUCAAAGUGUGUGAAUAUGCUGCUCUAUUUUUCUCAUGGCUUCCUUCCGUCUUAUUAUGAGACUCUUUUACUCUUUUCUCCUCUGAAAAGAGUCGGAGAAACGUGAGCUGCACUUUUUAAUGGUGUAACACUGAGAAAUAUCAUAGUAAUUGUUAAUACAAUAAUUAAUAGUUUUUGUAUUUU